GAAAUGAAAAAAUGCUUCGGUUUGAGAGAGGACGAGUCCUUUAUUUCCCGUAUUGGAUACGUUUCAUGUGUUUUCCGCAACACUCCGGCUUAAGGACAUGCCUUUUGAAACACAAACACACGCACAACUCGCACACGCACACACAGAUAAGAUAUGUAUUAGAUCCUGACACAUACGGGGAGGGGGGAAGAGCGGGAGAGAGAGAGAGAGAGAGCGAGAGAGAGAGAGAGAGAGAGAGAGAGAGAGAGGAGAGAUCCUCCUACCUGGAGCCAUAGAUUGCAAGAUACGUAGUGUUACCUGGGGAAGUCAGAACAAGUAAAAACAGAUUGAACUUCAGGGCUCUAUGAGGCAGUUGAUCAAGAUCAGUGCUUGCUCAUUCUCUCCCGCAGACUGUCUGUCUUGAGUUUUUGUUUUACUGUUUUGAGCAGCCCUUUCUAUUUUUUCUUCCUCUUUAGCUUUAAUAUCGGAGCCGGUUUCGGUCACCAUGGCUCUGGGAAGAGCUGCCUAUCUGCGCGGACUUGACUUUUCACAGCUCGGCCGGCUUUGCUCCUGGGUAGCUUCAGCAAUGCUCUUGACUGGGAUUUAAUCGACAAGAUCAGUUCGGCUUUUUGUGCAAUUUUUAUGGCUCAGUCCAUCUUCUAGAUCAUGCACAGAAACUUUCGGAAGUGGAUUUUCUACGUGUUUCUAUGCUUUGGAGUCAUCUAUGUCAAAUUAGGAGCUUUGUCAUCCGUGGUGGCUUUAGGAGCUAACAUCAUCUGCAACAAAAUCCCAGGGCUGGCGCCUCGGCAGCGAGCGAUCUGCCAGAGCCGCCCCGAUGCCAUCAUCGUGAUCGGGGAAGGGGCGCAGAUGGGGAUCAAUGAGUGCCAGUACCAGUUCCGCUACGGGAGGUGGAACUGCUCUGCCCUGGGAGAGAAAACGGUCUUUGGACAAGAGCUUCGAGUAGGAAGCAGGGAAGCCGCGUUCACCUAUGCCAUUACUGCAGCCGGGGUCGCGCACGCUGUCACGGCCGCCUGCAGCCAGGGCAACCUCAGCAAUUGUGGCUGUGACCGAGAGAAACAGGGCUACUACAACCAGGAGGAGGGCUGGAAGUGGGGAGGCUGCUCCGCGGAUAUCAGAUACGGCAUUGAGUUCUCCCGGAGGUUUGUUGAUGCCCGAGAAAUCAAAAAGAAUGCCCGGAGGCUGAUGAACUUGCACAACAAUGAGGCUGGAAGAAAGGUUCUCGAGGAGAGGAUGAAACUGGAGUGCAAAUGCCAYGGAGUUUCRGGCUCCUGYACCACCAAGACCUGCUGGACCACGCUCCCCAAAUUCAGAGAGAUCGGAUAUAUUUUGAAAGAGAAAUACAACGCGGCGGUGCAGGUGGAGGUGGUGCGGGCCAGCCGGCUGAGGCAGCCCACCUUCCUGAAGAUCAAACAGAUCAAGAGCUACCAGAAACCCAUGGAAACGGAUUUAGUGUACAUCGAGAAAUCACCCAACUACUGCGAGGAGGACGCUUCCACGGGGAGCGUGGGCACCCAGGGCCGGCUGUGCAACCGCACGUCGCCCAACGCGGACGGCUGCGACAUGAUGUGCUGCGGCCGGGGCUACAACACGCACCAGUACACCAAGGUGUGGCAGUGCAACUGCAAAUUCCACUGGUGCUGCUUCGUCAAGUGCAACACGUGCAGCGAGAGGACAGAGGUGUUCACCUGCAAAUAACGGCCRGGAGGGCGGAGUGCGAGCACAGCGACAGCAUCGUUUUGCACAUCUGAUCCUCYCGGGGGAAGAACCCCGGCCGACACCACAACAACCACUCCCUCCCCACCACUACUACSCUCCUAAGGAUGGUGCAUUUUGGCUGGCUGGCUGUUGUAACUGCUUUGGAAACGAGGGCAACAGGAUUAAGGUGAUGUUGACAACCACAUCAAACUUUCUCUUUGUCUCUCUUUUCUUUUUUUUUAAUUUUUUUUUUUAUUUUUUUUUUAAACAACCUACAAUCUGURGAGUUGUCUUACUGUUUUAAGUUAUACCUACCAGAGAAGCUGAUUGCAUCGCAGCUCCCGUGACGUUUGAAAGAAAAAGACACUUUCUCUUCUUUUACAGCAACAAAACUGUCUAGCCCUGUGCAAACAAAGACUUUUUUUAAGGAAAUGAAAUCUUCACUGACUAGAAUAUAGCAUUCUUGCUGCAAAACCCAAAAUUUCUAAGAAAGCAGGUAGAGAGAAAACAACUGGUAGGGAGCAAAACCUAUGGCAGAAACACUCCACUAUCAGUUUGGAAAAAAACCCCGACAAACAUUCAGAAAAUUACAUCAGCUGCCAGUGACACUGGAACUCUUUGAAUGAACAUUAAAAAUAAUUAUUUAUGUUUUUAAUAGUAUCAAAAAAUUCUAAGCACUAACGGGUAGCUAUGUCUUAAUUCUGUACUAAAUGUAAACUUAUUGGAACUCUGACUUUAUGACUUUUGUAUUUGGUUCUCCCUAAGUUCUUCAAUGCUACUGAUUUGUUGUCACUCCACUAUUAGAGAGUUCAAUUACUGUAGACCUUAAGGAAUCGCCAGAAAUGAGCGAAAACGCCACACAAAACUGCGGUCACCAAUGUUUGAUAUUGACUGUUCCCGCUUGCCUCCUGAAUGACUUUUUUUUUACACUCAGGCCUGAGGUGUGGAGCACCUGCUCUCAGCUCCUYGUAGGGAGUUUUAGGAUACAAAGAUGUGCUUCGACAAAUGUCAAAGGUUUUGCUUUGCCAUCAAAUGCACUGGCAGGAUCUUCCAGGCAUUGUGUUUUCCCUUUCAUGGUUAAAAGUUAAUAUAUCCAAGAGUUUUAAAUAACUUAUGCCCAGAAUGCACUCAGAAGUCAAUAAAAGUGUGGCAGCUCUGAGCUGCYGUGGCUUCACAAGCAUAAGAAAGCUAAAAUUUGGGUUAGCCCAUGUCAUCGUUAUUUUAAGGUUGGCAAUAAUGCACCCCCUUGUUAUGUAAGCACAUGAAUGUUAAAAGAAAGAAUCUUACUUCUUAAUAGCACUCAAUCCUAAUUCCCACACCUUUUUCCCUACGAGGGGUUUUUAAAGCAGCCUCAGAUAUUUUACUGCUGUAAAAUUUAGUGUUUUAACCCCAAGAGCCCAGGUGUGCCCACUUACAACACAGCCCAUCCAACCACAUCACCGUUUGCUUCUCCCRAGGGUCCCACCCGACUUUCUGAAAGUGUGGAUUAAAAAUUUCCUCACAUCUGUAUAUUUUUUAGCUUUUGUUCCAUUUCAUUGCUGUAACUGAGGGGUGCAGAGCCACGAGCCCUCCCCACAUGGCACAGAAUCUCUCAUUCAUCCCCGUGGUGCUCUUGGGGCCGGGGGCUGGCGGGCCCAGUGCUGGAGAUGUGACUGAGCCAGAAUUACCUCUGCAAUUUGCAGCCCCACAUCAUCAAAAACAACARAUGACCUGGGGAUCUUCAUCUGAACGCUCAUGAGGACCUGCCCUUUCUGACCCAAGCACUUAUCCUUGAAAAUCAGGCCCCUUUGACAGCUCCCCCAAUUGCAGAGCAAUGCAAAAUUGCUUAUUUUUCUCUAUAUUGCUGUUGUUUCCUAAAUGCCACUUCACAGAAGUCAGCAGGGACCCCCAAAAUACCAGAUUGACUCCAUAUAGUUGAAAGUCCCUUGGAUUCAUGGGUAUUGUUGUUGAAUAAUAGUGAUAAUACUGUUCUUUCACCACAUUCUGGACAGGAAGCAAAUAAAGCUCCCAAACACAGGAAUGCACAGUCUUAUGGUACUAGAUGCUGUAAAUAUGUUAGAAUAGUAUUUGUUAAGUACAAUUGAGGAAUCCAAUUAAGUUAUAUUAUUGUAUAUCGUUUAAAUGUCUAUAGAGUAUUUUAAAUUAUUGCGAACUACACUGCGUUGAAAAAAGAAAAAAAGAAAAAAAGGUUAUAUAUUAUAACACCAGCCACUCUGAAAAGUGGACCAAAGUGACACUUUCUCUCUUUCCUAUCCACACCCCUAUUUGAAAUAGCUCUUUCUGCUAUUUUAAGACCACUGUAACAGUCCCAGGACUGGGUUAGCAGUCUAGAAUGUAACGUUUCAGAGCAUCCCACUAAAGCUUUGCUCAUGUGGAGGUGCAGCAUCCCAAAAGCUGCUGCAUGGCACAAAGCAGGGGCUGGCAUUGGGAAUGCUUGGACUUUGAAAUAGAAAACACCGUUACCACUAAUGUACUGAAACACCCCCCAAAACGAYGACUUUUAACAAAGGUGUCUGUGAAUGGAAGUGGGUUACACACAAUUUUUAUUUUUAAAAAUGUAGUUUGAUGUCAAAGACCUGUGAUGAUAGAGGUUGGAACACGACCAGCAACAUGUGAUUUAACCAUACCUUAGCCAYGACAAAACUCAAAAUACUUUAUGUYAUUAAAGAACUGAAGAGCAAAGAUCAAUUUGUUUACUAUGUUAAUGUUUUAUGGCAAGCAGAAAACAAAAAUUGAAAUGUGUUUCCAUUAAAACUUAAUUUUUCCCCUUCUAGCUCCUUUUCCUUUURUUUGUUCUUUGUUUAGGAGAAAAAAAAAUUGCAACAAGGUCUUAUGCAAAGGCCAUUUUUGUACAGAUGAGAAAUGAUAGRCAAAUUCCAAGUCCUAAGCAGUUUUUGAAUUUUGGGAAAAGCAGAAAUGAACAUGACUCUGUAUGGUAUCAGUCUCAAACCAUCUGCCUACACCAGGGCUACAGAGAA